AUGGCCCUGCCUGCUGCUGUGGCGGAGAUUUGUAGUGCAGCCACAAUUCCCCUGCGCCCACGGCGGCCACCACGGCGCAUCACACCGCCACCAGCUGGGAUCAUCGGCAACAACCGACGGCAACUGGCUGGCCAGCUCGUUUUCUCCACGGUCGACCAGCCGGGUACCCAGUGGCUGGUUCGUGACAGUGACGGGGUGCUGAUAUCGCUUGGCAAGGGGUACCAACCUCCAGCAAGGGACUUGAAUGGCGAACCGUUAUUGCCGGGCUCUGUGGUACAGCUGAAUAUGGAAGGGAAGCGGGACAAUAUGGAUUCAAGUGACGACAUGGAAGAUGGUCUUUCCCAGCACUGA